AUGGAAGCUUUCACCGACGUCCGCCGCAUCCUGCUCAUCGCCGGUCUUCUGUCGACUGCGAUCUCUGCUGCAGCCAUCGGCGAAGAGAGGGCGGCUGUGUCGGGCGGUCCCAACUGGAUCCGUGAAACAUUCGCCGAGCGACCUGAGGAAGUGCCGGAUCAUCCAGAACUGGAACAACUGUCUCCCUCAGACCAGAAGGAACAGCCUUCCAGCGCAGAAGCUUUCAAUGUGGACGGCCCCAGAAAGAGCUACUUCCAGUGGGCGCUGACAGACCUGCCGGUGUAUGCAAAGGCAGAGGCCGGGGAGAGAGUGCACCGCCAAGCUUCAUCCGCUGCAAAAGAGCCAGACCAGGAGGACCGGCCUUCCAGCGAAGAGGCGGAUGGCCCCAAAAGGAGCUACUUCCAGUGGGCGCUGAUCGGCCCGCCAUCAAUUAAGUCUGAAGAUGCUGGGGAGAAAGUGUUGCUAAACCCUUUUGAGAAGGGCGCCCGGAGGAGGUCGAUCGGCACAAACUGUCGGGAGCACCGCCGUCUGCUGAGCUGGCAGCAGUAA